CCAACUCAUUCAAUAAAGCAAAGACUCUCCAUACAAGAUUACAAGGGAAGAGAGAGAGAGAGAGAGAGACCCCCUGAAUUCCGGGGCUAUAUCAAUUUCAAGCUGUCUCACUAUCUCUGCUAAACCAAAGGAUUACUGGGUUUUUUUUUUUUUUUGUUUUGUUACAAGCUAUAUAAUUUAUAUAUACCUACCAAUUAGAAGCAAAGAUCAUAGUAGAAAUUCAAGAUCCAAUUUUUAAUUUGCCAAUCCGGAAAGGAUACUUGGUAGAAAGAUGACAGCUUUGCUACAGUGGCAAAGAGGGUGAAUGAGUAGGAAUCAUGUGAUCUAUGCUUCUACACUGAUUCUACUUUCUCACUAUAUUCUUCUCCUCUCUCUCUCUCUCUCUCAAACCCUCCUUCAUAGCACCCAAAAUUCUCACUUUUUAAUUGUUGAUUUUUUCUGGGUGUUGGGAUAUUUUUCUUGUUAAGGUUCCUUCUUGAUGUUCAAUGGCUGCAAGUGCUUCAAGGUUCAUCAAAUGUGUGACUGUUGGUGAUGGGGCUGUUGGCAAGACUUGUAUGCUUAUUUGCUACACCAGUAACAAAUUCCCCACUGACUAUAUUCCAACUGUAUUUGAUAACUUCAGUGCAAAUGUAGUAGCUGAAGGAACUACAGUCAACCUAGGACUUUGGGAUACUGCUGGACAAGAAGAUUACAACAGAUUGAGGCCCUUGAGCUAUCGAGGAGCCGACGUGUUUGUUCUAGCGUUUUCAUUAGUCAGUCGUGCAAGCUAUGAAAACAUACUCAAAAAGUGGAUCCCCGAACUUCAACAUUUUGCUCCCGGUACUCCAGUGGUUCUGGUUGGCACGAAACUAGAUCUUCGUGAGGAUAAGCAUUACCUAGCGGAUCAUCCUGGACUAGUUCCCGUGACCACUGCACAGGGAGAGGAGCUCCGCAAACAAAUUGGUGCUGCCUACUAUAUUGAAUGCAGCUCUAAAACUCAACAGAAUGUGAAAGCGGUUUUUGAUGCUGCGAUCAAGGUUGUUAUCAAGCCACCGCAGAAACAAAGUGAGAAGAAGAAGCCACGUCGAGGAUGUUUUGUAAAUAUUCUGUGUGGUCGAAAGCUCGUCCAUUGAGGCGUUGUGUUUGCAGUGUAGAGGCCUUGGCGUGAUGAUUCAUCAACCCUGUCGAUUUUCUACCAGUUUUUAAUUAUUUAUUUCAGCUUAUUAUAUACAUAGAUAGAUCAUAUCAUAGCUGAAGAUACAACCUAUGAGGUCCAUGAAACUUGAUUGCUAAAAGCUCAUCUAAUGAAUGUUUAAGCCUUUCUCUUCUGUGCUGAAAA